AAGCUCAACUUGUCGAACGCCGAGAGCAUCGAACUGAACGCCUGACGCAACCACAGGCAACAAGGAAGAUCCCUGCUGUAGGACCACGUGUACCGGCAGUUUAGUGUGUAUUUACCAAAACAACAUGGGGGAAAGUCUAAGUCCUGAGGAGAAGGUUGAGCUCAUUACACGCAACUUGCAGGAGGUCCUAGGAGAGGACAAGUUAAAGGAGAUCUUGAAGGAACGAGAGCUGAAGAUUUACUGGGGUACAGCCACAACAGGAAAGCCGCAUGUAGCUUACUUUGUACCUAUGUCAAAAGUUGCAGAUUUCUUGAAGGCUGGCUGUGAGGUAACAAUUUUGUUUGCGGAUCUCCAUGCAUAUCUUGAUAAUAUGAAGGCUCCAUGGGAUUUGCUGGAACUACGUACUCGUUAUUAUGAGCAGGUUAUCCAGGCCAUGCUGCUAAGUAUUGGUGUCCCACUAGAGAGGCUGAGAUUUAUACGUGGGACAGAGUACCAGCUGAGCAAAGAAUACACGCUGGACGUGUACAGACUGUCUUCAGUGGUCACUCAGCAUGAUGCCAAGAAGGCUGGAGCAGAAGUUGUUAAACAAGUGGAACAUCCUCUGCUCAGUGGGUUACUGUACCCAGGACUGCAGGCUCUGGACGAGGAAUAUUUGAAAGUAGAUGCCCAGUUUGGAGGAGUAGAUCAAAGAAAAAUCUUUACAUUUGCUGAAAAGUACCUUCCUGCUCUGGGUUACGCCAAGCGAAUUCACCUAAUGAAUCCAAUGGUCCCUGGACUCACAGGUGGCAAGAUGAGCUCCUCGGAGGAGGAAUCAAAGAUUGACCUCUUGGACUCACCUGCAGAUGUGAAGAAGAAACUGAAGAAGGCUUUCUGUGAGCCUGGAAAUAUUGAGAAUAAUGGUGUUCUAAGUUUUACAAGACAUGUUCUUUUUCCUCUAAAGUCAGAGUUUGUGGUCCUCCGAGAUGAGAAAUAUGGGGGCAAUAAAACAUACACUGACUUUGAGACACUAGAAAAGGACUUCGCUGAAGAGCUGGUUCAUCCUGGGGACCUGAAGGCCUCUGUGGAGAAAGCUCUGAAUAAAUUACUGGACCCAAUCAGGGAGAAGUUUGCCACACCAGAAAUGAGGAAACUGAGCAAUGGGGCAUAUCCAGAUCCUAGCAAACAGAAGUCUGCCUCUAAAGGUCCUGUUAAGAUUAGUGCCCCAGAGGAACUUGACCCUUCUUUACUGGACUUAAGAGUUGGGAAGGUGUUGACAGUAAGCAGACACCCAGAUGCAGACUCACUGUAUGUGCAGUCAGUGGAUGUUGGUGAGGAGAAUCCACGUUCUGUGGUCAGUGGUCUGGUGAAAUAUGUGUCUGCAGAUGAGCUACUAGGACGAUCUGUUGUUUUGCUCUGUAACCUUAAGCCUCAAAAGAUGCGCGGGGUUGAAUCACAAGGAAUGCUGAUGUGCGCAUCAACGGAAGGUGAAAAUAAGCAGGUGGAACCACUGGACCCUCCUCCAGAGUCUGGCCCAGGGGAGAGAGUAUUUGUUGAGGGACAUGAGCAAGGGCAACCUGAGCCAGAACUUAAACCUAAAAAGAAAGUCUUUGAAAAGCUGCAGGUCGACUUUAGGAUUUCUAACGAUUUGUGUGCUCAAUGGAAAGAGAAAAAUAUCCGGACCAAACUGGGGCCAGUGACCUGCAAGACGCUGAAAGGAGGGAGCAUCAGCUGAGACUUAAAGCACUGCAUGGAGGACCUACCUUAACACUGGAUGAUACCAACCAGAUGGAUGAUUCACAGUUUAUUUAUAGAGGAUGCAUGCAACCAACAGGAUGGACAUAGAUGACAGCCUGUCCAGAAUCCUUAAUGCUGGGAACAAUCUCCAGUUACAGCAUAACAAAAUAAAGAUUUACCUUGUUUAUCAUACAACAUGCUUGUUUGUGCCACGUGGUAUAUACACAUAGGGCCUUGCUCCCACACACCAAGACAAAUGAGUGAGACACAAACUAGUUUGGUAACAGCAUUUAUAAAAGGAUUGUUUGGUUCAUAUAUAUAUAUAUAUCUCAGAUCAAAGCAUAAGAUAAAUAUACAUCUUCUACUAGAAGCAUAACCACAAUUUGGUCACUACUCUGGGGGCUGCAUACUGUAAAAGCUCUGUUUAUGUAAAUAAAUACCUAUAUGUGGA